GGUGACUCGUUGCAAGCUGCUCUCUGCAGAUCCACCCCCCCACCCAGCAACAUGGGACCGUUACAGAUUCUACUACUAACCUACACACCAGGGGCAAUGUAGAUCAGCCAACUAACCUACCAACCUGCAUGAAACUGGAGCACCCGGAGGAAACCCAUGUGGUUACAGGGAGAAUGUACAAACUCCAUACAGACAGCACCCGAGGCCAGGAGCGAACCUGGGUCUCUGGUGCUGUGAAGCAGUUGCUACUCAGAAUGAUGCAGCACCGAAUCCCCAGGCUGCGCGGCGCCUUUAAGGACCUGCUGUGCUCAUAAGCGGCCGCUAGGUGGCUCUGGGUCUGCAGGCGGGAAAGUCGCCGCUCACUGAAGGGACCGCCUGAGAUACGGCGGCCGUGCUCAAGCUGCCGGUCUCCGCCCUGAAGAUGCAGCGGGACCUGGGCAGCUUCCCGCUUCCACCCGCUCUCAGAGCCAAGCUCAUUGCCUGCGGCUUCCAGAGCGCCGAGGACGUGACCUCGAUGAGAGCGACCGAGCUCAGCAAAGAGGUGGGCAUCUCCAAUGAGGAGGCUUUGGAAGUCCUGCAGAUCGUGAGGCGCAAGAGCUCUGGAGAGGAAUCCCAGCUGAGUGUUGGGUUGCCAUCUUUUCGGAAAUGCACGGCUCUGGAACUGUUGGAGGAGGAGCACGCUCAAGGCUCCAUCAUCACCUUCAGCUCGGCCCUGGAUGAAAUUCUUGGAGGAGGAGUGUCUGUCGCCAAGAUUACGGAGAUUUGUGGCGCUCCUGGUGUUGGUAAAACACAGCUAAGUAUCCAACUAGUUGUGGACGCACAGAUCCCUGAGUGCUUUGGCGGCCUUGGUGGGGAGAGUGUGUACAUCGACACCGAAGGCAGCUUCAUUGUGGACCGGGUGGCCGAGGUUGCCCAAGCUGCCGUCCGCCACUGUCAUCUCAUUGCCGAGUCUGGUCGGGAUGAAGCCCAGCAAGAGGCAGUCAAAGAGUUCUCCAUCUCCAGCAUCCUCUCCCGCAUCUACUACUUCCGUUGCCACGACUACGUGGAGCUACUGGCACAGGCUCAUCUGCUGGGCGACUUCCUAGCUGAACAUCGCAAGGUGCGGAUUGUGGUCAUUGACAGCAUCGCGUUCCCGUUCCGCCACCACCUGGAGGACCUGUCGCUGCGGACACGGUUGCUGAACGGACUGGCUCAGCAGCUGAUCGCCAUGGCCAAUGAGCACAGGGUGGCAGUGGUGCUGACCAACCAGAUGACUACACGAUUUGGAGAAGCCCAGUCCUCGCUGAUGCCCGCUCUGGGUGAAAGCUGGGGUCACACACCCACCACUCGCUUAAUUCUACGCUGGGAAGGCAAAUUGAGUCACUUGGUUUUCGCGACGUCCAAUCAUCAGAGCCGCCUUCAACUUCACCCGCCAACCCACGCAAGCGUCCGCGGACAGAUGACCAGGAUGGGCGAUGAUGUCGUCCACUGGACGUUGAUCCAAAUGGUGUGGGGGGGGAACCAAACAUGGCAAGCCAGGGGAUUGCUUUGGAUCCAUUAUCAAGCCCGUGGCUGGAUCUGGAUUGCAGUUGGGCCUGGAUUGGCAGUGGGUUCUGUGAAUCCAGUUGGACUGGAGAACUGAAGAAUUCUCUUUCUAGUGAGGGACUGGCCUGUCUCCCCAUCCUGCCCACUGGACUGGAAGACUGCUGGGCAGAGGUCUGUGAUGGAGGCUGGAUCUUCCUGGUUUUCGGAGGCUCGAGGACUCUGAACCUCAGUACCUACCUACAGGAGUCCAAACUUCGGCCUAAGUUCCUGAGUCAGCACAAACUUUUCACGUUUGUUAAAACCCUCCCUCUGCUCACUGAUCUCCCGUUGUACUGUUUCAGGUGAUGAUUAUUUUCUCUCUUAUUCCGAUGUGUUGCAAGUAAAUGUAUUUUGUAGUCCAGGGUGACAUCCACUGCUUGAUGCUUGCCUACGUAUGAAAGGAGUCUGAUAGCAUAGCAAAUGUAUCACUGCACUGGCAGUCCUGGGGCUUGGGUCAUCGUGGUAAUGGUGGGAUUUAAAUUCCUUUAAUGAGAUCAAUAUGAAAUAAAGAGCCAGUAUCGGUAACUGGACGCCAUGAAAUGACCAGAUCUGGAAGGUUCACCAAUGCCAUUCAGGGAAGGAAGUUGUCCUCAGUUGGACUGUGUUGUCAGUGACCCAUUGUAAUGGGUUGACCCCUACCUGACUGUGCUUGAAAUGGCUCAGCAAGCUCUCAGUUGC